AUGGCUCAAAUUAUGCCUUCGAUGUCGGACACUCUCCUGCGAAACGGUGGCCCGUACGAUGCCCGUGUGUUCCAGGGAAAGGCAGAGGAGAGGGCUAAGAAAAACCCCGGCGUGCCUCUAGUCAGGAAUAACAACAGCGUCGCCGAGGUGAUGAAAGUAGCUACUACCGAUAUCACAGUUAGUAUGGACAUCGAGUACAAACGCCGACUGCCGAUGGAGGGACUGCGCUUCACCUUCACCCGGGCCACAGCUAAGACACUGCUUGAUGGGAGGAUGGAUGUUGAUCUUACGAUUUGCAAUGAGGAUGUGGAAGUGGUUUGUCUCGCGCGACAGCUCGUACUUGCUCUUGGAGUGCACAGAAAGUACGGCGAGGCGAAACGACCUGAAUCCAAGCUUUGA